GAGAGUCGGUCGAUCUCGUAAAGAUGCUCGGAAGUUGACCGACUGGUUGCGCUGCCGGCAAUGGUUGACGAGUCGACGAGGAAAACUUUGUCAUCGAUCCCUCUUCUGAAUACAAGAGCUGGACCGCGGGAUGGUGAUUUGUGGGUGCAGAGGUUAAAGGAGGAGUACCUUGCUCUUAUACAGUAUGUCGAAAACAACAAGGCUGCGGACAACGAUUGGUUUCGAGUGGAAUCUAAUUCUAGUGGCACGCGGUGGUUCGGGAAGUGCUGGCACAUCCAAGAUAUGAAAAAGUACGAAUUUGACUUGAAUUUUGAUAUUCCGGUAUCUUACCCAAGCACCAAUCCAGAGUUGGCCCUUCCAGAACUCGACGGUAAAACUGCCAAAAUGUAUCGCGGUGGAAAAAUAUGUCUCACUGAACAUUUCAAACCAUUGUGGAGUCGCAAUGUUCCAAAAUUUGGUAUAGCCCAUGCAAUAGCUUUGGGGCUCGGACCAUGGAUGGCCGUUGAGAUACCUGACCUUAUAUCUCGAGGGGUCGUCAAACACCGAGAUGACGAUUGAUCGCAUUCUGCAUUAUUCUUGCAGUUCAGUCUUUCUUUCUGCUGGUAUAUCUGUGGCAUUGAUAAUUUUGGAACCGUCGACGGGUCUUUGCACAUGUUUCAUUUCAUUUGGUGCCUGCCUUCAGUAUCCACCGACUCGUGAUAUCUCAUGACAAGGCUGGUUUUCUCCUUGUCUCUUCGUUGCUGCUCCUCGUUUAAAUGCCGAUUGUAAUACAAUAUUUUUGGUGAGCUGACUGAGUAUAUGCCGACGUCUUACAUAAGCACAUUGUCAUUAG